UGGAACUUUUAUAGAAUUCACUGGAUUGUUGGUAUUGUUUGCUAUCCUUGGAUGGUGGGAAUGCCCAAGGAUGUGCAUGCGGAUGAAGUUGUUGGCCAGUGCCCAUUGAUGGAAGAAUUUUCUGACGUCGAAAAUAUUAAAUUUCCUCAAAGUUUAGAUUUAUCCACUCUUUAUGAAGAAUCUGUUCACAGAAUCCCUAUAGAUGUUCAACGUGAAGCAUUUAAUCGUUGGAGACGAAGACGUUUAGCCUGGCUCCGGAAGAAUGGUUACAAUCCGAAGCCUUGUCUUCUAAUAUUUGACUCGUUUCCUACUGUAUCUAGAGUUCCUAUUGCGCGUGUUCUUUACAACUAUCUACAAGUGGAAUGGGAUACGAGGAGAUCAGAAGUAGACGGUGUCCUCCGUUUCAAUAGCGAUACUCUCCCUAUGCAUACUCCAUUUUUGCCUACUCAAAAUAACGGUGUGGAUUGUGGAGUUUUUAUGCUUCACUAUGUGGAAAAGUUUUUCCAGAAACCAAUCGAAAGUUAUACAAGGCAGUAUUUUGCCUCGAAGCUGAAGGAUUGGUUUCCGGAAUCAGAUAUUCCAGCGAAACGACUCUUUAUCCGCGAUCUGAUCUUUACGUGCGCAUCGAGAUGAUAGUCUUUUCAGUAAAGAUCUUAUCAUCAUUCUAAUUUUAAUAAGAGUAGGGUGAACUCAGUUUGCGCAGAUUUUGCGGACAUUUUUGUGUAUUUGAUUUUGCCUCUACUCACUGAUGAUAACUGACUGACCAGAGUUGUCCGAUCACCACCAUCACCGCUUGACUAACCCAUUCAUGAUCUCAUGAUGAUGAUUAUAAUGAUGAUGAUGAUGAUGAUGAUGUGUUUGGUUUAGUGUCGUGUCGUGUUGUGUUGUGUUGUGUUGUGUCAAGUUGUGUGAUGUGAUGUGAUAUGAUCUGAACACUAUUUUUUUGUACUCCAGAUAUUGUCAAUAAUGUUCUUAUUACUGUAACUAUUGCCAGGAAUAAGAUUUGCUUGCAAAUGCCUUUUGUAAAUCUUGAAUGUAUUUUUUCUGACUGUCGAAACAUCUCAACAAGAAGAAGAACCACAAGAACAACACUUUUGGAUAUAAGAAUGACUUGUUUUGUUUACUUUUCUCAAACGGGUGGGUGGAGAUUAUACAAAUAGAAUAGAAUUGAGGCACAUGAAGUAUAUGCCAUGUUAGGAGAAUAAAGAGGAGAGAAUCCUCCUCUCACAAGUGAGUAGUUAUUUCUCGGGAGGAUGAAAAUGUCUUUUUCGUGAUUCAUUUGAUUACAUGAUUGUGUCUCUAUUGCAUACUUGUCUCACGAGGUCUCCUGAUGCUGCAC